GGGAAUCCCUGCAUUAAAACAAAACUGCACAUGUUGGAAAUGUGCCCGGGGGCUUAAUACUUAUAGCUAUUUCAUGAUCGUAAACUAUACGAUUCCACAAUCUUGAUUUUCACAAGUGAUCACUUUGCAUAACGUAUAAGUAUGCUAAAAUCCAAAAUCUUGAGUGGACUAAUGAUCUGGGGGUAAAGCUCACAAACAACACCGUCUUGACAUUGACCACAAAGCAUGGCUGACUUACUUGGCUCGAUCUUGGGAUCUAUGGAGAAACCCCCUAGCCUAGGAGACGAAGAGCGCAAAAAGGCGCGAGCUCAGAAGAAGCUUCUCGAAAAACAACAGGAGGAAGAGAAAAAGAAACUUGCAGAAUUCCGCGUAAAGAUCCAGAAGAAAAUCCAUGAGUUUGUGAAGGAUGGCAAUCAGCAGAAGUAUAAGUUUGAAACUAUGGACAAAGUCUACAGAGCAAUUGUACAUGAGGUUGCUGAUGUUGCUGGGCUGACAUCCUUUUCAUUUGGUCAUGAAGAGGAAGAUAGAUAUGUGAUGCUGUGGAAAAAGGAGUUUGCUCCCACAGAUGAAGAGCUUUUGGCCUACAGAAGAGGGGAAGACUGGGAUCCAGAAAAAGCAAAAGAAAUUGCAAAACAAAAGCAGCAAGAGCAGAUCUUAGCAGCAGCAGCAGGUUCCUCAAAGCAUAAAGAUGUCACUCCUGUCGGCAACUAUCGAGAUAAAUACCGUCACCUUAUUGGUGAUGAUGUUGUGACAAAAGAUGAUGCUAAGGAAACUGUUGCAAACAGAAGUUAUGGAUUUGUGUCAGCUGACAAUAAACGAGACCGGAGGACUAUAGAACAAGUGCUUGCAGACACACGAGCAAAAAAACGAAUGAAAACAGAUAUUGAAGCUUCUACCCAAGGGGAAGUCACUUCCUUUGCAGAUCAGGGUGCAGCUGAGAGUGAUGAAACAUCUCCCUGAUGCAUUUCUGUACUGUGUGAUUCAAAUCCAGGACAGUGGGACAGAUUUAUUUCUUAUUGUGUCUUUUGUUACAUAAAAUGUUAUUGCCUCCAAAAAUUAGAUAUCAGUCAUAUUUAAGUGGCACUUAAAUGAUUUAGAGUUGGAGCAGAAAUGCUUAUGUGUGUGUAUGUGCAUGUGCAUCUGUGUUGGGACACAUGUAAAACUGAGAAUUAUAAAGAUGCAUAUUUUUCCAGUGGUAUAGUUUUUACGUGAUAUUUACAUGAAAUAAAAAAAAGAAAGUUUG